AAGUCGAGGAGGCCGCUCUUUCCUCUGGGCUCGGUGGUGACUCUAUUUGCCCUCAGGUUGUGGAAGAGUCCUAGGUCGUGCUGCUGCUAGCGGGGAAUCCCAGCAUUGCUUCAGUGGUUGUUGCACUGGAGUAUGAUACUAUUUUUCUCUGCGCUUGGCUUUUCUGACCUAUUGUGCUGCUCUCUAACACCCUUCUUUAGGAGCCUGCUCGGCGGCUAUGGCUGAUAAGCCGGACCCCAGUUCCCCGGCUGACGGUCCCGAGCCCCUCUUCUCCUUUGGGGUCAUAGCAGAUAUUCAGUACGCUGACUUAGAGGACGGGUACAAUUUUCAAAGAAGCAGGCGGAGGUACUACCGGCACAGCCUGGUCCACCUGCAGGGCGCCAUCGAGGACUGGAAUAAAGAAAGCAGCAUGCCCUGUUGUGUCCUGCAGCUCGGGGACAUCAUCGAUGGCUACAACGCUCAGUAUAAAGUGUCGGAAAAGUCGCUAGAGCUUGUCAUGAACACCUUCCAAAUGCUCAAAGUUCCGGUUCACCACACGUGGGGCAACCACGAGUUCUAUAACUUCAGCAGAGACUACUUAGCAAACUCCAAACUGAACAGCAAGUUUCUAGAAGACCAGAUCCCGCAGCAUCCUGAGACCACGCCAUCAGAGAACUAUUACGCUUAUCACUUUGUACCGUUCCCUAAAUUCCGGUUCAUUUUACUUGAUUCUUACGACCUGAGUGUCUUGGGCAUAGACCAGUUUUCUCCAAAGUACGAGCAGUGUAUGAAGAUCCUGAGGGAGCACAAUCCGAAUGUGGAGUUGAAUAGUCCUCAAGGACUUUCUGAGCCCCAGUAUGUCCAGUUUAAUGGAGGAUUCAGCCAAGAACAGCUGAACUGGUUGAACGAAGUUCUUACAUUCUCUGAUGCGAACCAGGAGAAGGUGGUCAUUGCCAUCUUCCCAUUUACCCAGAGGCCUCUGACAGCGUGUGCCUGGCUUGGAACUACGUGGACGCUCUGUCAAUCAUAUGGUCUCACCAGUGUGUGGUGUGCUUCCUUGCGGGUCAUACACAUGAUGGUGGCUACUCUGAGGAUCCUUUCGGCGUGCACCACGUCAACCUGGAAGGAGUUAUUGAAACAGCUCCGGACAGCCAGGCCUUUGGCACAGUUCAUGUCUACCCUGACAAAAUGCUGCUGAAAGGGAGAGGCAGAGUUCCAGACAGAAUUAUGAAUUACAAAAGGGAAUAAGCCUUGUGUUUUUGAUCCUGUUAUCUUGUUUGCUUUGUAGAAGUGAAUGGCACUGUUUUAUGUUUUACUUCAUUCCAUAAAAAGUUAAAUUCUCAGUCA